AUGCAACCUCCGAAGGGUCCGGUGUAUCCCCGUAAACCUCGUCAGACGAGCGUCAAAGAUGGCUCAAGGUCGUCCGAGGGGGUCGAGUCCCUUGGUGAGCCAAGCGGAAGCCCGGCGUCGUCAAGAAAACAGGCGAGCACAUCAGGCGACUAUGCCGCCGCAGCAAUGCCUACCGGAUCAAAUGUGAUGCCAGGGAAGUCAGUUGCAGCUGCUUCAGGGGGCAGCAAUCUCUUCUUUGGGGAGUCCAACUUCCUCACCCUUGUGCCGUCAAAACGUCCAGGUGUCCCAGAUAACGAGGAACCUCACAACGGGAGAAUGUCAUUUUCCAUCAAGGCUGCUUCAACGCCUCAGUCACAUAGCGACGCUUCUCCUUCGACCAAUGUCAUCCAUCUCAGCCAGGGCACCGAGAGAUACCUGAGGGAGGAGGGUGCGCUCACCUUCCCAAGCCUCCAGACAUGCCUACCUGUCAUACAGGCCUACUUCAAGUGGUUUCACCCAUGCUUCCCAUUACUGGACCGCCCAAGCAUAGCCCGACAACUGGUUUCUAUGGACAUCUCACCCCUCCUCUUCCAGGCUAUGCUCUUCAUCGGUGCCACUUAUUGUGACGAGGGGGCAAUAGUGUCCAUGGGGUUUCGCGAUCGUUCAGAGGCAAAGUCAUUGCUUUAUACCCGAGCUCGACUGCUGUUCCACGCGGACUGGGAGAAGGACCAGAUCACACUCAUCCAGAGCCUCUUCCUGAUGAGCUUCUGGCGCGGCGAGUCAUCGGACGUACGGGAUGUGAGGGACCAGGACUGCGAUAUCGAGCUCCUGACCACGGAAGAUCUAGGCAACGACGUUGAUAACAGCUCGCUCACGGCUCUGGGCUCUCCCACGCCGGAGCAUCUGGUUUACCCUAUCAAGAUGGUUGACCUGGCCAGACUCCUCGGUAACAUUAUAGACAUCCAUUUCAUACCCGGAAAAACACCAACUGCGCAGGAAGAAAUCAUGCACCUGCAGUCUUCGCUUGAAGGGUGGAGGGACAGCUUGCCAAUCAGCCUGCAGAGAAUAUCAGACGAGGACAGUCCGUCCGUAUGGAUGUGUCUGCUUCAUCUGGCCUACAACCAUCUAAGGAUAUUGAUCUACCGAAGUGGCUUCUUGCGCAAGCACGAAAACGACACCAAAGCCGCACUUGGCGCAGCAAACCAGAUCAGCCGGAUUGCUGAAGACAUGCUGGAACGGAAGACACUUCAGACGGCAGACGGGAUCGGGAGGAGGUUAGCAGAGAACAGGGCUCAGAUUUGCCUCCUCGGGCUGAAGGAAGUUCAAAAGUUCUGGCGCAUAAACAACACAGUCCUCGACCUAUUCCUCCAAUACCUUGACGAAUCCAUUGCAAAGCGACUCAGGGGCGACGGCGACACCAGCCGGGACGAGGGAGCCUCGGCUGUCGUGUCCAGAGAGGGGAGCAGUGCAGGCCUCGUAAACUCCGACCCACCGGCCCAGGAGAUAACAGCCGGGAUGCCCGAUACGAACACCUUUGAAGACCACUAUUUUAAUCUGCUGCAGACCAACUGGGAAGGAGACAACGCCAUCGACGACCUCGGUUACAUACUAGGCACAUCUAUCCAGACACAGUCUCCUGGAGGGCCGAUGCAGGUCAAUGGGCUGAACUUCCUGGAAAGGUGGUUGUAA